AUGGGGCUAAGAGCAGCCAGCGUCUUCCUCCUCUGGCUGGCUCUUUCCUCUGCCAGUGAAAUAAAAAAAGGAAGGACAAGAAGCCAUGGCCACUAUGUCUGCAGCACUUGGGGAAACAACCAUUUCAAGACUUUUGAUGGAGACGUCUACCAAUUCCCUGGCCUUUGCGAGUAUAAUUUUGUUUCCGACUGCCGAGAGGCUUACAAAGAAUUCUCUGUCCACAUCCAGCGUGCUCUCAACAGCAAUGGCCAUCCUGAGAUCCAGUAUAUUCUGAUGAAAAUCAAGGAUAUAAUGGUCUACCUCAAACCCAACCUGGUUGUGGUGGAUGGACGAAUUGUGAAGACACCUUACUACACCUCUGGUGUCCUCAUUGAGAGCAAUGAAAUUUACACCAAGAUUUAUGCCAAAUUAGGCAUGGCUCUGAUGUGGAACCAGCAGGAUGCCCUGAUGGUGGAGCUGGACAACAAAUUUAAUAACCAUACCUGUGGUCUCUGUGGGGAUUACAAUGGCAUUCAAAUCUACAAUGAGUUCAUCAAGGGAGAUGCAAGCUACAACUCAAUUACAUAUGGGAAUAUGCAGAAGAUCAGCAAACCCAAUUCCAAAUGUGAAGAUCCAGAUGAAACUCAGGCUCUUCCAAGCUGUAAUGAGCAUCGUGACGAGUGUCAGAGGUUGCUGACUUCCUCUGCAUUUGCUGAUUGUCGGCUGCGUCUUAAUUUGGAAAUGUACAUCCAAGCCUGCAUGCAGGACAAGUGUGCCUGCAAAGGGAAGGACGACUCCUUCUGCCUCUGCAGCACCAUCUCCGAGUAUUCCCGCCAGUGCUCGCACGCAGGCGGCCGCCCGGGAGAAUGGAGGACACAGAGCUUCUGCCCCAAGACCUGUCCUGCUACCAUGGUCUAUAGAGAAAGCAGCUCACCCUGCAUGGAUACAUGCUCACACCUGCAGAUCAGCAGCCUUUGUGAAGAGCACUACAUGGAUGGGUGUUUCUGCCCUGAAGGAACUGUGUAUGAUGAUAUCAGCGAAAAAGGCUGCAUCCCUGUUAGCCAGUGCUCCUGCAAACUUGGUAGAAAGACUUAUGCACCUGGAGAAAGCAUUUCCAAAGAAUGUGAAGAAUGCACCUGUAAUUCAGGCAGAUGGACCUGCAAAGAUCUACCCUGCCCAGGCACAUGCUCAGUGGAAGGAGGUUCCCAUUUUACCACCUUUGAUGGGAAGAAAUACACCUUCCAUGGAGACUGCUACUAUGUGUUGGCCAAGGGUACUGCAAAUGAGAGUUAUGCUCUCCUGGCAGAACUGGCUCCCUGUGGCUCCACAGACAAACAGACCUGCCUGAAGACUGUUGUGAUGUUAGUGGAUAACAAAAAGAAUGUGGUGGUUUUCAGAUCAGAUGGCAGCGUGCUCCUGAAUGAGAUGACAGUGAAUGUGCCUCAUGUGUCAACCAGCUUCUCAGUAUUCAAGCCAUCUUCCAACUACUUUGUUGUACAAACUCCUUUUGGGCUUCAGAUGCAGAUCCAGCUGUUUGGAGUCAUGCAGCUGUUUGUGACUGUGGAUCAAUCAGUUAAAGGAAAACUUCAAGGUCUUUGUGGAAACUUCAAUGGAAUGGAAGGGGAUGACUUUAGAACAACCAGUGGGCUGAUUGAGGCUACAGGAUCUGCCUUUGCUAACACGUGGAAAGCUCAGUCCACCUGCACAGACCAGGCAGAAAAGCUGGAAGACCCCUGCAGUCUCAGCAUUGAAAGUGCAAAUUAUGCUGAGCAUUGGUGCUCUUUGCUGAGAAACCCAAAGGGUCCUUUUGCAAGAUGUCACAUAGCCAUUGAUCCUUCAGAAUACUAUAAGAAAUGUAAAUAUGACACCUGCCUCUGUGAAGACAAUGAAGAAUGUCUGUGUGCUGCCCUGUCCUCUUACUCAAGAGCCUGUGCUUUCAAAGGGAUCAUACUGGGAGGCUGGAGACAGAGUGUUUGCAGUAAUGAAGCAUCUUCUUGCCCAGGAAAUCAAGUCUUCCUUUACAACCUUACAAUGUGCCAGCAAACCUGUCGCUCCUUUGCUGAUGGUGAAAAGUAUUGCUUGCAAGACUUUGCUCCCGUGGAUGGCUGUGGCUGCCCACCCAAUACAUACUUGGAUAACCAGGAUAACUGUGUGCCCAUCUCCCAGUGCCCAUGUUAUUACAAGGGAUCAUACCUGGAACCUGGGGAGUAUUUCACAAAAGAUGGAGAACGCUGUGUUUGCCGAAAUGCAAAGAUCCAGUGCACUUCAGUGAAGUUAAGAAUGAGAAGUGAAAAAGAAUGUUCUUCUAGCAAGAUAUACUUUGACUGUAAUGCAUUCUCGAAGUGGACUUCGCAAACACCUCUACAACUUAGCUGUCAUACUCCUCAAACCGAUCAUUUCCAGACAGAGUGUGUCUCAGGCUGUGUGUGCCCUGAAGGUCUUUUUGAUGAUGGCAGAGGGGGCUGUGUUGAGCAAAAAGAUUGCCCAUGCAUUCACAACAAUGAGUGGUAUUCUUCUGGAGACAAGAUAAAAGUGGACUGCAACACCUGCACCUGCCAGAAAGGGGUUUGGAAAUGCACUGAGGACGUGUGCUAUGGGACUUGUAUGAUAUAUGGAAGCGGCCAUUAUAACACUUUUGAUGGGAAAUUCUAUGACUUUGAUGGGAGCUGUGAAUAUGUGGCUACUCAGGACUUCUGCGGUGACAAAAAUUCCAGCGGCUCAUUCAGUAUCAUCACAGAGAAUGUCCCUUGUGGAACUACAGGAGUCACCUGCUCAAAGGCUAUCAAAAUGUUUCUAGGGAAAACUGAACUGAAAUUGGAGAACAAAGAGUCCAAAGCAAUUCAGCGAGAUGUUGGUGAGGAUGUGCAGUAUUGGAACAGGACAGUUGGCCUGUACCUGGUUAUUGAGGCUAGUAAUGGUGUGAUGCUGAUCUGGGACAAGAAGACUACUGUUUUCAUCAAGCUGAGCCCUGAUUACAAGGGCAAAGUGUGUGGUCUGUGUGGCAACUUUGAUGACAAGGCAAACAAUGAUUUUACAACAAGGAGUGGACUGCAGGACAAUAAUCCUCUGAAUUUUGGAAAUUCCUGGAAACAAUCUCCCAUGUGCCCAGAUGUCACACAAGAGAUUAAGCCCUGUGAUCUGAAACCACACCGCAAGUCUUGGGCAGAGAAAGAAUGCAGCAUCAUCCAGAGUGAAGUCUUUGAAAUUUGUCACUCCAAGGUGGACCCACUUCCUUACUAUGAGGCUUGUGUUCAUGAUGCCUGCUCCUGUGACAGCGGUGGGGACUGCGAGUGCUUCUGCUCUGCAGUUGCAGCGUAUGCCCAAGAGUGCAUCAAGGCUGAGGCCUGUGUUUUCUGGAGAACUCCUGAUAUCUGCCCGAUAUUCUGUGACUACUACAACCCUCGCAAUGAGUGUGACUGGCACUAUGAGCCUUGUGGCAGUAAUAUCACAACCUGCAAGAUGAUCAAUAAUGUCAGCACCAACUUUACAGUACCAUUACUGGAAGGUUGCUACCCCAGAUGCCCUAAGGACAAGCCUAUUUAUAAUGAAGAGACAAAGCAAUGUGUGACUGAAGAUCAAUGUGGAUGUUACCUCGAGGAUGGAACCCAUGUAACCCCUGGACAAGAAGUACCCACAAAAGACAACUGUACAAUAUGUAUCUGUGUCCCAUCAGGAUCCAUAGAAUGUAAACCAGUCCCAGGAUGUCCUUGUGUCAUCAAUGGAACAAGUUAUGAAGAGGGUGCUACUGUGGGAGUUGUACAGGACGGUGACACAUGUAUAAGCUACAUUUGUGCAGAAAAUGGCUCUAUAGUUCCUGGUGAAGUCUAUCCCUGUCCAACAUCUUCGCCUACAACCAUUUCAACCUUCUCCCCUCACAGUACUCUUACCACCACCACCACCACCACCACUACAGUCACUACAACUCCAUGCAUAGUCACAGAACUAAUCUGUGAUUGGACUGAGUGGUUUGAUGUUAGUAAACCUGAAGAAGGUGGUGGUGACUACGAAACAUAUGAUGAAAUAAGAAAACAUGGAAACAAAAUAUGUACAGCUCCUGAAAAAAUUGAAUGCAGGGCUAAGGAUAAACCUGAUGUGAGCUUGGAAGAACUUGGUCAGAAAGUAGAGUGCAAUGUUACAUAUGGGCUAAUCUGUAAAAAUGAUGAGCAAGAUGUAACUAUGUGGCCACUUUGCUAUAAUUAUGAAAUCAGAGUAAACUGUUGUGAGUGGCAAGAAAUUCCUUGUGGGCAUACAACUACACCUACUGUACCUUCAACUUCAACCACCACCCAGACAACAAUACCCAGCACCACUACAACCAGGACUUCAACAGAAACUACCACCAGGCCCAUAGACAUCCAUUCCACAACAUCCCCAUCUCCAUCCACACCAAGCACACCACAAUCAACAACCAUUACCUCGCCGCCGGAGACUCUCACCACCACCACCAGCACCCCGACAACAACAACCACUACUACUGGAUCAACAAUGCCCACCUCAACUUCUUCAAGCACAUCCUCACCAACACCAACAUACACCACCACCACACCAACUCCAGAUUCUGUUCAGUUCAUACUGAAUCCCACUGACGCCUUUGUGCCUUUGUCUCUUUUCUCUGUCCCUGCUGUUUCCAACAGGCACAACAAGCACAGCAGCCCCUACAUCCCCUACAACCACUUCCACGUCCCUGGAGACUCCCAGCAGCACCACGACCACGACCACCACCACUACCAGCACCAGCACCAGCACCACCACCAGCAGAGCGCCAACGACAACAACAACAACAGAAACAACUGUUACACCAACCGUCCCAACUCCUCCACGUAUGUUCGAAAACCAAAUAAUUCCCACCAAAAGUCCUGUGCCUCCAACUACACGUGUGAUUGCAUCUGGACAGACUGGAUCGAUGUGACUUACCCAGAUGGUUCUGACAGGAAUGGUGGUGACUACGAAACCUUUGAGAACAUUUACAAGAAAUACCCCUCCUGGGAGUGUGCAAAAGUUGAGAAUAUUUCAUGCCGAGCAGAGAAAUUCCCUAGCCAUUCCAUUGCAGAUUUAGGGCAGAAAGUGGAAUGUAAUGUUAACGUAGGGCUCAUCUGUAACAAUAAAGAUCAGCAGAUAGGAGGUAUAAUACCAAUGCCAGUCUGCCUCAACUACGAGAUCAGUGUCUGCUGCACCCCCAACAAACCAGAGUGUCUUCCAACUCCAAGCACCAUGAGCACCACAACGUCCACAGCUUCCCCCACAACGAGCAGUGUGUCAACUCCAGUAUCAACCACCGCUCCAACGUCAAUACCAGUGGAGACUCACAGCUCUACCACCACCACCACCACCACCACCACCACCACCACAAUGCCCCCCAGUAGCACCACCACUAGUGGCAGCACCUCACAGACAACAACAACAACUGCUCCUGUCUCAACAACACCGGUUUCAACUACUUCAAGCACAUCCACGCCCACACCAACAUACACCACCACCACCACCAAACCAACUCCAGGUGGUCCUUGGGCUGGUUGUUUCAGAAGAAGCAAGAAUAUAGGUCUCUAUGUCCUCCUUUCCAGUGGAGAACUUGAUCCUCUUUUUACUGUGCAUACGUCCUUCCCUGACCACAGAUUCCCAUCUCAGCUCUUACUCCAUGAGCUUAGUGAGGUGUUCAGGCACACCUCCAUCCACACCAAGCACACCAGAAUCGACAACCCCUACCUCGCCGCCGGAGACUCCCACCACCACCACCAGCCCUCCAAGCACAACCACAACCACAACAACAACACCAACAACAACGGUUACUGGGUCUUCAACAACCGUCUCAACUCCUGGAAGCACACCUCCAUCCACACCAAGCACACCAGAAUCGACAACCCCUACCUCGCCGCCGGAGACUCUCACCACCACCACCAGCCCUCCAAGCACAACCACAACCACAACCACAACAACAACACCAACAACAACGGUUACUGGAUCUUCAACAACUGUCUCAACUCCUGGAAGCACACCUCCAUCCACACCAAGCACACCAGAAUCGACAACCCCUACCUCGCCGCCGGAGACUCUCACCACCACCACCAGCCCUCCAAGCACAACCACAACCACAACCACAACAACAACACCAACAACAACGGUUACUGGAUCUUCAACAACCGUCUCAACUCCUGGAAGUAUGUUCCCAGCAGCACACCUCCAUCCACACCAAGCACACCAGAAUCGACAACCCCUACCUCGCCGCCGGAGACUCUCACCACCACCACCAGCCCUCCAAGCACAACCACAACCACAACAACAACACCAACAACAACGGUUACUGGGUCUUCAACAACUGUCUCAACUCCUGGAAGCACACCUCCAUCCACACCAAGCACACCAGAAUCGACAACCCCUACCUCGCCGCCGGAGACUCUCACCACCACUGCCAGCACCACGAUGGCCCCCAGCAGCACCACAAGCAUCAGCACCCCGAGCACAACAACUGUUACUGUAUCACCAACACCCUCCUCAACUACUCCAAGCACAUCCACGCCCACACCAACAUAUACCACCACCACACCAACUCCAGGCACAGAGAGCACAUCCACACUGAGCACACCAAAAUCGACAACCCCUACCUCACCGCCGGAGACUCUCACCACCACCACCAGCCCUCCGAGCACCACAACCACUGUUCCUGGAUCAACCACAACCAUCUCAACUCCUCUAACCCCACCUACGAAGACACCAGGCCCACCACAUACACCAAGUACUCCCACUCCAACAGCAUCUGAAACUCCCAUCAUCACUUCCAGCACCACGAUGCCACCCAGCAGCACCACCAGCAUCAGCACCCCCAAGACAACAACAACAACUGUUACAGGCUCAUCAACAACCUUCUCAACUACUUCAAGCACAUCUACAUCGGAAUGGACAACCACUUCCACGUCCCUGGAGACUCCCAGCAGCACCACGACCACGACCACCACCACUACCAGCACCAGCACCAGCACCACCACCAGCAGAGCGCCAACGACAACAACAACAACAGAAACAACUGUUACACCAACCGUCCCAACUCCUCCACCGUGUGAUUGCAUCUGGACAGACUGGAUCGAUGUGACUUACCCAGAUGGUUCUGACAGGAAUGGUGGUGACUACGAAACCUUUGAGAACAUUUACAAGAAAUACCCCUCCUGGGAGUGUGCAAAAGUUGAGAAUAUUUCAUGCCGAGCAGAGAAAUUCCCUAGCCAUUCCAUUGCAGAUUUAGGGCAGAAAGUGGAAUGUAAUGUUAACGUAGGGCUCAUCUGUAACAAUAAAGAUCAGCAGAUAGGAGGUAUAAUACCAAUGCCAGUCUGCCUCAACUACGAGAUCAGUGUCUGCUGCACCCCCAACAAACCAGAGUGUCUUCCAACUCCAAGCACCAUGAGCACCACAACGUCCACAGCUUCCCCCACAACGAGCAGUGUGUCAACUCCAGUAUCAACCACCGCUCCAACGUCAAUACCAGUGGAGACUCACAGCUCUACCACCACCACCACCACCACCACCACCACCACCACAAUGCCCCCCAGUAGCACCACCACUAGUGGCAGCACCUCACAGACAACAACAACAACUGCUCCUGUCUCAACAACACCGGUCACGUCCCCAGUGACUCCCAGCACCACCACCAUUAGCACCAGCACCAGCACCCCGACAACAACAACCACUGUUACUGGAUCACCAACGCCCACCUCAACUACUUCAAGCACAUCCUCACCAACACCAACAUACACCACCACCUUAUCAACUCCAGGUGGCCUGAGUGGCGUCCCUGGACACUCCCUGGAGUGUGAUGGAGUGAGGCUUGAUUUUGUAACACUUGCAUUUCAAGCUCUCUUUAGGCACACCUCCAUCCACACUGAGUACACCAAAAUCGACAACCCCUACCUCGCCGCCGGAGACUCCCACCACCACCACCACCACCACCACCAGCCCUCCGAGGACCACAACCACUGUUCCUGGAUCAACAACAACCAUCUCAACUCCUCAAACCCCAUCUACACCCACACCAAGCACACCACAAUCAACAACCAUUACCUCGCCGCCGGAGACUCUCACCACCACCACCAGCACCCCGACAACAACAACCACUACUACUGGAUCAACAAUGCCCACCUCAACUUCUUCAAGCACAUCCUCACCAACACCAACAUACACCACCACCACACCAACUCCAGUUCCACCUACAUCCACACCGAGCACACCAAAAUCAACGACGACUCUGCCACCGCAGACUUCUACCUCCACCACCAGCACCCCGACAACAACCACUGUUACUGGAUCACCAACACCCACCUCAACUACUUCAAGCACAUCCUCACCAACACCAACAUACACCACCACUACAUCAACUCCAGGUACUUCUCUGGCCUGUGCUGUUGCUUGCUCCCUUCCUGUGGUUGCCCUGAAGGCACACCUCCAUCCACACUGAGCACGCCAAAAUCGACAACCCCUACCUCGCCGCCGGAGACUCCCACCACCACCACCACCAGCCCUCCGAGGACCACAACCACUGUUCCAACGCCCACCACAACUCCUGAACAUAUUAAAACCAUAACCCCAUCGGUUCCACCCACUGAACCAAUAAAGACACCAGAGACGCCGACAACAACAAGCACUCCAGUUACUCCUUCAGUUACCCCACUGCCAACAACAAGAACGACAGAAAUAAGUACCGUGUCUACAGCAAGCACCACUAGUCAACAGUCAACAUCACCAGUGUCAACAAGCCCAGUGACAGCUACCACAUCUGAAGUCACUGAAAUAGGAUCAACCACCAAGACCAGCACUUCAGGCCCCACACCCUCAAGAUCCACCAGCACCACACCAGUAACAGAAACACCUGUCCAUGAGACCACUACCACCACUUCCACCCCUGGCACCACCACAACCUUGAGACCAAGCAGCCCUACAGGAACACAGCCACCCAUAUCGACAACCCCAUUCACUGUAACAGGAUCAACCACCAAGACCACCACUUCAGGCCCCACACCCUCAGUGUCCACUCCCCCCACCACCACAGCAGGAACAGAAAGAAGUACCCCAACCACAACCUCUGCAACUGUUACUACUCCAACAACAUCACCUACAUCAACCAGCCCUGUGUCAACCACCACCUCUGGUACUACUCCAACAAAAAGCUUUACCACCACUUCAGGAACCACCUCUAGUAGUUCUAUCACAAUCAAUGCAACAACCACCAUCUCCACAACCUUCAAAACUCUGCCCCCUGUCUCAACUACUACAUCUGGGCCUACUGCAACAUCAACUGCAGUCACCACUACAGGAAGUUCUACACACAGUGCAACUCCUCCAGUUAACGGCUCAACUACAGGUUUAACACCAACCACUCCCAAAAAAACCUGUACUAUUUUCCCUAAUGAAACUUAUGAGCAAGGUGACUCGUGGAUACUCUGUAACUGCACUAAGGUUAUAUGUAUAGAAGACAACAUUGUCCAGGUGAUUCCAAUAAUCUGCAAUCCACCCCCGAAACCCACGUGUGCCAAUGGACUGUCUCCUGUGCCAGUCAUGGAUGAGGAUGGAUGCUGUUGGCAUUGGGAGUGUGAUUGCUACUGCACUGGCUGGGGAGAUCCACAUUACAUGACUUUUGAUGGACUGUACUACAGCUAUCAAGGGAAUUGUACAUAUGUCCUUGUGGAAGAGAUCAAUAAGAAAGUUGACAACUUUGGUGUCUACAUUGAUAACUACCAUUGUGAUGCACGGGAUGUGGUGUCCUGUCCUCGAACGCUCAUUGUGAGACAUGAGACUCAGGAAGUGAGGCUAACAACAGCAAAACCAAAUACUCUACAAGUAGAGGUGACAGUAAACAACCAGCUCGUGGCUUUGCCUUACAAGAAGUUUGGUGUGAGCAUCUACGAGUCAGGCAUAAAUCGUGUUGUGGAAAUUCCUGAGCUGAAAAUGAAUGUGACCUACAAUGGCUUGUCCUUUUCUAUCAGAAUGCCCUACAGCCUGUUUGGCAACAAUACCCAGGGACAGUGUGGUACCUGCAAUAACAACACGGCAGAUGACUGCAUGCUGCCAAAUGGAAACAUUGCAGAAAACUGUGAAACCAUGGCAGAUCAUUGGCAAGUUGUUGAUCCUUCCAAACCACAGUGCUCUCCAGGCCUAGUUCCUACAGGUUCACCUAGCACAACACCAACACAGCCUUGCAAAGAAUCGUCCAUCUGCGAGCUUCUUUUGGGAAGUGUGUUCAAGCCAUGCCAUGCAUUUGUCCAGCCUGAGAAGUACUAUGCAGCCUGUGUUUUUGAUAGCUGUGUACUUCCCAACCUAGACCUGGAAUGCUCAAGUCUGCAGAUCUAUGCUGCCACCUGUGCUGAUCAAGGCGUGUGCAUUGACUGGAGGAAACACACCAAUGGUGUAUGCUGUAAGUAUGAAUGUCCUUCAGGUAAAGAAUACAGAGCAUGUGGUCCUAUUAAAGAGACGACCUGCAAAUCAAGAGGACAGAAUGAGACAUCAACUAAACAAGUGGAAGGCUGUUUCUGUCCUAAUGGAACCAUGCUGUAUGACUCUGGUGUGGAUGUCUGCGUGAAAACUUGUGGCUGUGUUGGAGUGGAUAUGAUACCAAGAGAGUUUGGAGAAAAGUUUACAGUGGACUGUCAGGACUGCAUUUGCCUGGAAGGAGAACAUGGCAUUGUAUGUGAGCCUCAUGUAUGUGAUCAAAAGAAGGUCACUUGUGAUGGAGAAGGCUUCUAUGAGGUCACUGAAGUCAAUCCUAAAGACUCCUGCUGCCCUCUUUUCACUUGCAAAUGCAAUACAAGCUUGUGCACAGCUAAAGCCCCCAAGUGCUCACUGGGAUUUGAAGUUCAUUCUUAUAUUCCCAGUGGUCAGUGCUGUCCUGUAUACCAAUGUGUUCCCAAGGGAGUUUGCGUACACGAGAAUGCUGAGUUCUUGCCCAACUCCUCAGUCUUUGUUGACAAGUGCCAGAAUUGUGUCUGCACAAAUGAUGUUAACGUCAGCACUCAACUGAAUAUCAUCUCCUGUGAGCGUGUCCCCUGCAACACAUACUGUCAACCAGGAUAUGAACUUAAACCAGUGAAAGGUGAAUGCUGUGGAAAAUGUGUGCAGACCAAGUGUAUUAUACAGACAGCAGACAGUUCUGAACUCAUCUUGAGUCCUGGAGACUUUAAAAAUGAUCCUCACAACAACUGCACCAUUUAUAGCUGUGUAAAUGUCCAUGACCAGCUUAUUGCUUCCACAUCUGAGAUUACCUGUCCAGCAUUCAAUGAGGACAGCUGCAAACCUGGAACUAUUUCAUUCUUACCUAAUGGUUGUUGCAGAACAUGUGCCCCUCUGGACAGCAGCACACCGUGCUCUGUGCGCCACAGAAAAGACUUUAUCGUCUACAAUGGCUGCCGCUCCGUGGACAGAGUUGACAUGACUGAAUGUGAAGGAACAUGUGGAACGUUCUCGCUAUACUCUGCUGAGGCCAAUUCUAUGGACCACAGCUGCUCCUGCUGCAGAGAAACAAGCACCACUGAGAAGCACGUGGUUCUGAAAUGCCCUGGUGGGCAUGCAGUGUCACACAAGUACAUCUAUGUGGAGAGCUGCAGCUGUCAAGACACAGAAUGCCAGAGGCCAGUGUCCAAUGAGCUGCAAGGAAGUAAAUGA